GUGUUUCAGAAACCUGUCCAAAAAUUCAACAAGCCAUGCAACAAAUAGUUAAUGAUUUGUGAGAGCAUACCACAUGCUAGUCAUUGCGUUAAGGUCUAGGAGUACAAGUUAAGGGUGUGGAUAGUAGUGGGUCAAACACAGUGCCAUAUACAGUCAUGGGGAACUACAGGCUAUACCUAACUCACAGCUGCGGGGAGGUGGGGCUGAUAGUUUGAGUGGUCCAGGACAAAUCUAGUUGGGGAAUAGGAGUUAGGCAGACUGGAAGUGGUAAGGAAAAUGGUGGGAAGGGGAGAUGCUUCAUUCCAGAAACAAUACCAAGCAUCAGGACAUGGCAACCAGGUAGAACAUAAUGAAUUUGGAGAAACUGCAGAUGGAGAACCUGGAAUCUUUGGCAUUGAGAGGGUACCAAGAGUAGACGUGAUGACCCGGAGGGUGGAGGGGAGAGUGGGGAGAAGGCUUUAACUCCAGGACAGAGAGAGAAGGUGGAGCCAGCAAAGAAGAUUGAGAAGGUAUUAUCUGAGAGGUAGGACCAUAAGAGAGAAUGGUUGGAGUUAACAAGACAUUAGCAGCUUAGCUGGCUACCCUCUAAGAGAAGUCUGAAAGAAUAAAAACUAAGGCUAACGAGCUUUGCAUGGGCAUGGAGGAGUGUGGAGAAAGAGAUAAAGAGGAAAGUGCCCUGGGUAGGCAGGGAGCAGCACGAAGACCCUAGGUGAACAGGUUUGUGCAGGAGAAUGUACGACCGAUAACUAAUUAGCAUUCCCUUUUCCUCCAACGACCUCUUGACACUGAGCCGGAGUGACUUUUUCCCCUGCCCUGAAGAUUGUUUCCUUUCUUCCAUCAUCAUCUGCUCCGCCGACUCACCACCUGGACCCCGAGAGGAACAGAAAAUGUCACCAGCUUUACGGUUAUCAUCUUGUUAUCAGACACAAACACAUUUUCAUUUUUUUGAAUUAUCUCCCUUCAAGAAACUACAAGAGAAAUAAGGAGAAAAGAACAAAAAUUGUUUUUUCAGCAAUGACAUUCAAGACUAUUACAAAUCAAGAGCUGCCUGUGAUCAAAUGCUUUUUAAUCAACCAUAGGAACAAUGAUUCAUCAGUGGGGACAUCGACAUCGAAUCCCAUGGCGUCAGAAUCCCCAGAAGACCUGGAGUGUGCCUUAAGGCCCGAGAGCGCAGGGGCAGUCUACGAAGCAGCCACCGUGGAGGUGGACAUGUCUGUGUCCAUCACACUGCGAGUGCUCGUCACCACCCCAGGGAACAUUUCCUGUCUCUGGGUCUUUAAACACAGCUCCCUCAACUGCCAGCCACACUUCGAUUUACAAAACAGAGGAGUUGUUUCCAUGGUCAUUUUGAAAAUGACAGAAAACCAAGCUGGAGAAUACCUACUUUUUAUUCAGGCUGAAGCUACCAAUUACACAGUAUUGUUUACAGUGAGUAUAAGAAAUACACUGCUUUACACAUUAAGGAGACCUUACUUUCGAAAACUGGAAAAUCAGGACGCCCUGGUCUGCAUCUCUGAGGGCACUCCAGAACCGACUGUGGAGUGGGUGUUCUGCGAGUCCCAGGGUGACAGCUGUAAAGGAGAAAGCUCAGCUGUUGUUACAAAGGAGGAGAGCGUCCUCCAUGAGUUAUUUGGAACAGACAUAAGGUGCUGUGCAAGAAAUGAGCUGGGCAGGGAGUGUACCAAGCUCUUUACUAUAGAUCUAAACCAAACUCCUCAGACCACACCACCACAAUUAUUUCUUAAAGUAGGGGAACCCUUGUGGAUAAGGUGCAAAGCAGUUCAUGUAAACCACGGAUUCGGGCUCACCUGGGAGUUAGAGAACAAAGCACUGGAGAAGGGCAGCUACUUUGAGAUGAGUACCUAUUCCACAAACAGAACUAUGAUACGGAUUCUGUUUGCUUUUGUAUCAUCAGUGGGAAGAAACGACACUGGCUAUUACACUUGUUCCUCUUCAGAGCAUCCCAGUAAAUCAGCUUUGGUCACCAUCCUAGAAAAGGGAUUUAUUAACGCUUCCAAAUCAAAUGAAGAUUAUGAAAUUGACCAGUAUGAAGAGUUUUGCUUUUCUGUCAGGUUUAAAGCGUACCCACAAAUCAGAUGCUCAUGGACCUUCUCUCGAAAAUCAUUUCCUUGCGAGCAAAGUGGCCUCGAUGACGGGUACAGUGUAUCUAAGUUUUGCAACCAUAAACACCAGCCAGGACAAUAUAUAUUCCAUGCAGAAAAUGAUGACGCCCAGUUCACAAAAACGUUCACGCUGAAUAUAAGAAGGAAACCUCAAGUGCUCGCCGAGGCAUCGGCGAGUCAGGCUUCCUGCUCCUCUGAUGGGUACCCGUUACCAUCCUGGACCUGGAAGAAGUGUUCAGACAAGUCCCCCAACUGCACGGAAGAAAUCACAGAAGGAGUCUGGAAUAAAAAGGCUAACAGGAAAGUGUUUGGCCAGUGGGUGUCCAGCAGCACUCUGAACAUGAGUGAGGCCGUCAAAGGGCUCCUGGUGAAGUGCUGUGCAUACAACUCCCUGGGCACGUCUUGUGAAACGAUCCUGUUAAACUCCCCAGGCCCCUUCCCUUUCAUCCAGGACAACAUCUCAUUCUAUGCAACGAUUGGCCUCUGUCUUCCCUUCAUUGCAGUUUUGACCAUGCUAAUUUGUCACAAGUACAAAAAGCAAUUUCGGUAUGAAAGCCAGCUGCAGAUGGUGCAGGUGACCGGCUCUUUGGAUAACGAGUACUUCUACAUCGAUUUCAGAGAAUACGAAUAUGAUCUCAAAUGGGAGUUUCCAAGAGAAAAUUUAGAAUUUGGGAAGGUCCUGGGAUCGGGUGCUUUUGGAAAAGUGAUGAAUGCAACCGCCUAUGGAAUUAGUAAAACAGGAGUCUCAAUCCAGGUGGCAGUCAAAAUGCUGAAAGAAAAAGCAGACAGCUCAGAAAGAGAGGCUCUCAUGUCUGAACUCAAAAUGAUGACUCACCUGGGCAGUCAUGAAAACAUCGUGAACCUGCUGGGUGCGUGCACGCUGUCAGGACCUAUCUACCUGAUUUUUGAAUAUUGCUGCUACGGCGAUCUUCUCAACUAUCUGAGAAGUAAAAGAGAAAAAUUUCACAGGACGUGGACGGAGAUUUUCAAGGAACAUAAUUUCAGCUUUUAUCCCACUUUCCAGUCACACCCAAAUUCCAGUAUGCCUGGAUCAAGAGAAGUUCAAAUACACCAGGACUCAGAUCCUGCCUCAGGUUUCAAUGGGAAUUCAUUUCAAUCCGAAGAUGAAAUUGAAUAUGAAAACCAAAAGAGGCUGGAGGAGGAAGAGGACCUGAAUGUACUUACCUUUGAAGACCUUCUUUGCUUUGCUUAUCAAGUGGCCAAAGGAAUGGAAUUUCUGGAAUUUAAGUCGUGUGUUCACAGAGACCUGGCCGCCAGGAAUGUCCUCGUGACCCAUGGGAAAGUGGUGAAGAUCGGUGACUUCGGGCUGGCUCGGGACAUUAUGAGUGAUUCCAACUACGUGAUCAGGGGCAACGCCCGUCUGCCUGUAAAGUGGAUGGCCCCUGAAAGCUUAUUUGAGGGGAUCUACACAAUUAAGAGUGAUGUCUGGUCAUAUGGAAUAUUACUCUGGGAAAUAUUCUCGCUUGGUGUCAACCCUUACCCCGGCAUCCCGGCUGACGCCAACUUCUACAAGCUCAUUCAGAGUGGAUUUAAGAUGGAUCAGCCGUUUUAUGCUACGGAAGAAAUAUACUUUAUAAUGCAGUCCUGCUGGGCUUUUGACUCGAGGAAACGGCCGUCCUUCCCUAACCUGACUUCAUUUUUAGGAUGUCAGCUGGCGGACGCAGAAGAAGCGAUGUAUCAGAACAUGGAUGGCCGCGUCUCCGAGCGUGCUUCGGUCUACCAGAACAGGCGGCCUUACAGCAGAGAGGUGGAUGCCGGGCUACCCUCUCCACAGGCUCACGUCGAAGAUUCAUAGAGAAACGAUUUAGUCUAAGGACUUCAUUCCCUGCCCCCACACCUACCUUAAACAGGCUGUAGAUUACCAAAACAAGAUUAAUGUCAUCACUAAAUGAAAAUAUAUUCUCAACUGCUGCUUUGCUGGACUUUUCUCUAGAAGCUCUCUGUGUUUACUCUUGUUUCCAAAGGGACUUUUGUAAAUCCAGUCAUCCUUUGCACAAGGCAGGACGAGCUGAUAAGUAACUUUAUUGGAGCAUCUGCCUACAUCCAAAGGCCUUCUCAGGCUGGCUUGAGUGAAAAUUGUGUACCUGAAGUAUACUAUAUUCUUGUAAAUAUAUAAGACAAAAGCAUUUUGCUAAGGAGAAGCAAAUAUGAUUUUUUAACUCUA